ACUUUUAGUACAAAGUAUACACACUUGGAUCUCCAUAUAUAUCUCCCCGGCUUUCUAAUAGUUUUCUCACGUUUUUGGUUGUCUCAUAGUGAUCGUGUUAAAGGACAAGCCAACCAUUAAUAGUCCUAGUAUAAUCAUCCUAGAAGAUGGAGAAUCAUCCUUCAGGCCGUGUGAUCAGCAAUGGUAAAAUUGGUUUCUCUACUCCAAAUUGCACACAUGAACGAGAUGAUGAGGAACCUGAAAUUCGUGUACAUCCACAAAUUCCAGAGUGGUUUUCAGAGAAUUCUCCAUUAUGGCCAGGCCAAGCACACUUCUUGAAGGUAGAAAAGAUUUGUUUCCAAGGGAAAUCUGAAUACCAGAAUAUGCUAGUUUUUCAGUCAUCAACAUAUGGUAAGGUUUUUGUCCUUGAUGGAGCCCUCCAACUCACAGAGAAGGACGAAUGUGCUUACCAAGAAAUGAUGACUCACCUUCCACUUUGCUCUAUCCCUAGCCCAAAAAAGGUGCUGCUUAUUGGUGGUGGAGAUGGUGGUAUCCUAAGGGAAAUUUCUCGUCACUCGUCUGUUGAACAAAUCGACAUAUGUGAAAUAGACACAAUGCUGAUUGAUGUCUAUAAAGAAUUUUUCCCAGACGUGGCUGUUGGAUACAAGGACCCUCGAGUCAAGCUUCAUAUUAUAGAUGGAACUCUUUUUUUGAAUUCUGUCCCAAAAGGGAUGUAUGAUGCAAUAAUAGUGGAUGCCUUCGACCCAAUAAGGCCUGAUCAUGAGCUUUUUGAAUCUGAGUUCUUUGAACUGGUUUCAAAGGCUCUUCGUCCAGGAGGAGUAUUGUGCAUCCAAGCAGAGAGUAUUUGGUUUCAUUCCUUGGAUAUCGAAGAACUCUUCACCAAAUGCCGCCAAACUUUCAAAGGCUCCUCUGAUUAUGCAUGGACAACUGUCCCUGCAUAUCCAAGUGGGGUCAUUGGUUUCUUGCUAUGUUCCACCGAAGGUCCAUUUGUCGACUUCAGAAAUCCAAUUAACCCGAUCGAUCCCGAAAAUUAUGGCAUAUCAAAGCAACCCUUGAAGUUUUACAACUCAGAAGUUCAUUCGGCUGCGUUUUGCUUGCCAUCUUUUGCCAAAAGGUUCUCUAAUUCCAAAGCUAAGAGCACCGCUAAAUGGCCGCAAUGUUAACAGGACAGAGACAUGUUCACAUAGUUCCAAGCAUGUGUGCUGAUACCGGCAACACUGCAUGCCUCAUUCAUACCCAUUCAGACAAUAAUCUUUGAAAACUCAUAUAGAUGCCAUUAUUGUGCCAAUAUUUUUGAAAAUUUUGUACUUUCUUAUGCUUAAAACGUUCAAGUGUGUUAUGCAUUUAAAAAUAAUUACUUCAUAUAUGUUGCCAUUAUGCA